CUCACAAAGACACCUUCAUGAAUAUUACUUAGCGCUACAUUGCUUGCUAGCAUUCCAAUGGCGAACGCUUGUCUUAUGAAUAUUCAUAGUCAAGCCCUCUCCAUAGUAGACUCAUAUAUUAACGACAAGGGAUCGUCUGCGCCAACAGGGGCAGGUGGGAAAUUUAUCAUCAUGCUGGAAACCCAGACUUUGCGUCCUAGCAGACUCCGGACGGCUUCAGAAGCUCCUGCUCUCCUGUGAAACAAAGCCUGGGAUUAUAUUUAGUCUAAAUGAUGCUGAAUCCUCUCCGGAGGAAAACCUCUGUAUUUGCCUUUGGAGAUUGUGGGGACCGCCGUCAUCUUUUAUUGAGAAAACCUUCAGAAAUCAGUGCAGUCAAUGGACUUCAGCAUGUUUUGAGCGAAUAAAGGGUUGGACGAUAUUUCCAUAUUAUAACAGAAUGCUGGAGAAGUGUAAAUACAAUUUGGUUGAUGACUCAAUGGAUCAGAGGAUUCCUGCUGAUAAUGAAGGGCAGUUCCAGCAUGGACUCACAUUCGAGGUGAAGUUCAUUGGGAGCCUGGAUAUUGUGCGACCCAAAAGCAGGAUUGAAAUAUUGGCUGCCAUGAGGCGUAUACGGUAUGAGUGUAAAAUCAAGAACAUCAAGAAGAAAAAAGUCAACCUUAUCGUGUCAGUGGAUGGUGUCAAGGUUGUUUUACGGAAAAAGAAAAAGAAAUUCGAGUAUAGCUGGGACGAAAGUCCGGUGACACUGGCCCAGGACCCUAUUUUCAGGAUAUUUUACGUCUCACAUGACUCACAGGACCUGAAGAUAUUCAGUUAUAUCGCAAGAGACAAGAAAAGCAAUGUGUUUCGCUGCAAUGUCUUCAAAUCGAAGAGAAAGAGCCAAGCCAUGAGGAUUGUGCGGACCGUCGGUCAGGCGUUUGAGGUCUGCCAUAAACAGAGUCUAGACAAUGCUGACGCAUGGCUUGUAAAAGGAGAAGAGGAGAGAAGCAAAGAUGAAGCAGUGGUUGCUGGCAGCAGCACUGAGAGAGCAGGCGAUGCUGCCCCGGAGACAGAUGAAAAGGUGCAGGAAGAGCCGGAGUCUCCUCUCUCCAGCCCUCUGUCUGUGAGCCAUCAGGUGCAGCUCCUGCAGAGACAGUUCCAGCAGCAGGAGCAGAGGAGUCACGCCGCCGCCGCACAGGUGGUUCUUCUUCAGCAGCAGCUGUCGGUGGAGACAAACGCCAGGACAGAGGCUCAGGCUCGAGUCCAGCAGCUCCUGCAACAGAACACUGAACUCCUGCAGCAUCUCUCACUGCUGGUCAAACACGUCCAAGAGCUGGAGCUCCGCACGCAACCACACAAAAACUCUCCCUUGGGAUCUCAAGACAGCCUUUUGCAAAUCGCCUUGCGUGACAACAUGCCGGCAGUGUCGCGUGAGCCCAAACUCAAUCCCCUAUCAAGCGCUCGGGGAAGUUUCCCUCUCUCAAACAGCCUGGUUCGUCUAGACGGCUUUCAUUUCUUCACAGAAGCUUCAGAGCAGAAGAAGAAGCCAGAGCAGGACCGCGACUCGGGCAGGGGUCAGGAUGAAGAUCAGUCAGGUGGAUCCUCUCCUCCAGAGAACCAGUUCCUCAGUGCUCUGGACACUCCUGGAUUCAGAGAGUCGGGCAUCGCAUCCGGGUAUGAGUCCAACACGGAUGAGAGCGAUGAUCGGGACAGCUGGGGCCAAUAACUCUGAAAAACAGCCCAGCUCUCACCAGCAGGGGUAGCAGUUGUGCACUUUAGGUUUACAUCGUUGCUUCAGCUGUCAGAAUAAUCCAAUAUCUGCUAUCUGCUUUUAUUAAUAACCAAUUGUAUUUAAAGCUGCAGUAUGUAACUUUUAGUGCACUCACUUUUUGUGAAAAUAGGCUCAUUUUGCAAGUCACCUAGAGUUAAACAGUUCAGUUUUACCAUUUUUUUAAUCCAUUCAGCUGAUCUAAGCGUCUGGUGGAAGCACUUUUAGCUUAGCAUAGCAUAAAUUAUUGAAUCAGAUUAGACCAUUAGCAUCUCGCUCAAAAAAUGUUAAAAAGUACUUGGAAAGUUUUCCUAUUUAAAGCUUAAAUCCUUUGUAUUUACACUGUGUAAAUACAGGUUGUACAAAGAUUGGCGGAAAAUUUUAAUUUGCUACUUUGUAGGCCGAUAUGGCUAGGAACUAUAAUCUCAUUCUGGCGUAAUAGUCAAGGAACAUUGCUUAUGUACCAUGGCUGCAGCAGGCCAACGAUAUUAGGCAGUGACUGAAAAUAGUCCCUAGCUAGAUAACUAGGUCACAUUGCUGCGUAAUAUCAGUAUGCCUGCUGUAGCCAUGGUACAGCAGCAAAGUCUUUUGAUUAUUACGCAAAAAUAUGAUUACAAUACCUAGCCAUAUCAGCCUCAAAAAUAGCAUCUUUUCAUUUUUUGUUGCUCUUUCCACUUAAGUAACUACAGAAGAGUCAAGCUUUAAAUAGGAAAAAUAUCCAAACUCUUUUUUGAAGAUUUUGAAUGAGAUGCUAAUGGUCUAAUCCAAUUCAAUAAUUUAUGCUAAGCUAAGCUAAAAGUGCUUUAAAACUGGUAAAACUCAACAGUCUAACUCUAAGGAAGUUGUAAAAUAAGAAUAUUUCCAAUAAAUGUGGAGUGUUUGCUUAAUAAAUAAAACUGCAUGGCCCUUGCUAAGAAUAUUGUAGAAAAACGUCACACAGGUAUUGGCCUACUUCGCAACAGAAAACAACCUGACAUAUCUAAAAGAGUAAUAAUAAAAACUUAUUUUAGCCUCAUAGUAGUGGUUCAGGAUGAGACAAGCAAUGAAUUUGUGAAACACUUGAUAUGGUUGUUAACAAAAAAGUAACAUACUACAGCUUUAAUUGGGUUUCAGCAUCACAGUUGUGUCCUAAAUAUUAAAAAAAACUGUUGAUCAAUGCUAAACUGAAUUAAAUGCAUACUGUAGCUCAUAUUAUGAAAAAAAGCUGUUUUUUUAUUUUACAUAACGCAUAGUUCAGUUGUUAUUAUAAUGUUGUUCAGCAAAAGUGUAAAAACAUUAAAUCAUUUCUAUAGUUUUGUAUUUGCAACAUUUGUAUUUGUAAUGCUUGGCCUUUAAACUUUAUUCAUCAGAUAAUCCUGAAAAAGCAUCUAGCACAGCUUCCACAAAAA